CUUGUAAAAGUGAUAAUGGAGGGAGGGGGCGGGGGAGGGGAGAACAGGGCGAGGGUGGAGGCAGCAGGGCAGGUGAUGGUGGAGAUAGAGGCGAGCAAGCCGGCGGGGAACGGGAUGGUGGCGGGGGCGGUGGGGCUGAGCCCGCUGAGCGAGACGCUGUGGAAGGAGCGGGGGGCGACGGAGCUGCUGGGGGACGUGUCGGCGAGGCUGACGUGGAAGGAGCUGACGGUGACGGUGACGGUGGGCGGCGGAGGGGAGACGCAGACGGUGCUGGAGGGGCUGACGGGCUACGCCGAGCCCGGCUCGCUGACCGCCCUCAUGGGCCCCUCCGGCUCCGGCAAGUCCACCCUCCUCGACGCCCUCGCCGGCCGCCUCGCCGCCAACGCCUUCAUGUCCGGCACCGUCCUCCUCAACGGCCGCAAAGCCAAGCUCUCCUUCGGCACCGCGGCGUACGUCACUCAGGACGACAACCUGAUCGGGACGCUGACGGUGCGCGAGACGAUCUCGUACUCGGCGCGUCUCCGGCUGCCGGACAAGAUGCCGAGGGAGGAGAAGCGGGCGCUGGUCGAGGGCACCAUCGUCGAGAUGGGCCUGCAGGACUGCGCCGACACCGUCAUCGGCAACUGGCACCUGCGCGGCAUCAGCGGCGGCGAGAAGCGCCGCGUCAGCAUUGCACUGGAGAUCCUCAUGAGGCCCCGAUUGCUCUUUCUCGAUGAGCCCACAAGCGGUCUCGACAGUGCUUCGGCUUUCUUCGUGACGCAAACGCUGCGCGCUCUGGCGAGAGAUGGAAGGACCGUGAUCGCGUCGAUCCACCAGCCGAGCAGCGAGGUUUUCGAGCUGUUCGAUCGCCUUUUCCUGCUCUCGGGCGGCAAAACUGUUUACUUUGGGCAAGCUUCUGAAGCAUGUGAGUUCUUCGCUCAAGCCGGGUUCCCUUGCCCGUCUCUGAGGAACCCAUCAGACCAUUUCCUCAGGUGCAUAAACUCGGACUUCGAUAAGGUGAAAGCUACUCUGAAGGGCUCGAUUAAAACACGGUUUGAGAAGUCCGACGAUCCGCUGGAGAGAAUCACGACGGCAGAAGCGAUCAGAAGGCUAAUCGAGUUUUACCGCCAUUCGCAGUACCACUACGCAGCGAGGCAGAAAGUGGAUGAAAUCUCUCAAGUUAAAGGGACAGUGUUGGAUUCUGGAGGAAGUCAAGCUAGUUUCUGCAUGCAGGCUUUUACGCUAACCAAGCGAUCGUUCGUAAACAUGUCGAGAGAUUUCGGAUACUACUGGUUGAGGCUUGUUAUUUACCUUGUUGUGACCAUUUGCAUUGGAACCAUUUACCUGAAUGUGGGAACAGGAUAUAGUUCCAUCCUGGCGAGGGGGGCGUGCGCUUCAUUCGUCUUUGGCUUCGUCACGUUCAUGUCGAUCGGAGGCUUCCCUUCAUUCGUGGAGGAUAUGAAGGUUUUUCAGAGAGAGAGGAUGAAUGGACACUAUGGUGUGUUUGCAUUUGUGAUCAGCAAUACGAUCUCAGCGAUGCCGUUCCUGAUCCUGAUCACGUUCGCGUCGGGAACUAUAUGCUAUUUCAUGGUGCGCCUGCAUCCCGGUUUCAUGCAUUACCUCUUCUUUGUGUUGUGCCUCUACGCGAGUGUCACCGUCGUCGAGAGCUUGAUGAUGGCCAUAGCAAGUGUGAUCCCCAAUUUCCUCAUGGGAAUCAUCAUAGGAGCUGGGAUUCAGGGAAUAUUCAUGUUGGUCUCUGGUUACUUUCGACUCCCCAACGACAUCCCGAAGCCUUUCUGGCGAUACCCCAUGUCGUACAUCAGCUUCCACUACUGGGCAUUGCAGGGUCAGUAUCAGAAUGAUCUCAAGGGCCUCGUAUUCGAUAACCAGACGCCGGACCUUCCGAAAAUUCCCGGUGAAUACAUACUCGAAAAUGUGUUCCAGAUCGACGUGAACCGAUCGAAAUGGUGGGACUUAACUGUUCUCUUCAGCAUGAUCAUAAUCUACCGCCUCCUCUUCUUCGUCAUGAUCAAAGUAAGCGAGGACGUGACGCCGUGGAUUAGAGGGUACAUCGCCCGAAGAAGGCUGCAGAAGAAGAGCACUAUCCAGUACGGGAAUUCAUCGAUCGAUCUUGCUAAUCGGACUCCUUCACUUCGGACUUAUGUAGUUGAAACUCAAUCCAGCUCUGCCAGCACAAGAUAAGAAGGCCAGGUUCAAAAUUACAGUAAAAGUAAUUGAUUAUUAAACUGGUGGUCUUUCUCUCUUUCUUUUCAACCAAUUGUUGUUGUCUUUUCUGUGUGUAUAUCAGCAUUCAGAGUUGCUUUAACCACCAAAGGAACCAAGGAAUGUAUACUUGAUUUGAAUUAAGAAGAUUAAGGUUUUUAUUUUUUCUCUUC